AUGGCAGCCAAUUUACAGAGGUUGGGACUGGCAAAGCGAUUUCUUCCUUCACUGUGUCUCAGGAGGGGUGUGCAUGUGUCCGUGUACGACAAGAAUAUAGAGGAGCAUGUCCACUCGACUGUGGUGCCCGACUAUUUAAUCCUACCUCAGUCUGACAAAUACUGGGCUCCUCACCCUCAGACCGGGGUUUUUGGCCCUGCAACUGAUCACAAACCGGUAUAUCACUCGCCCAUCAGCCGUCUAUUUUCUACUCUCCGUCUGCCGCCGGGUUUUCGCCUCCGUAAGAUAAUAGCCAAAAUCCACAGAGAUUUAGAAGCCAUGGCACAGGAAGCUGGUAUGUUUACGGUGCCCCAGACUAUUGGCAGCGUCUAUACGACGUUUACACCAUAA